CCUAACAACACCCCGCGACGGCCCAACUCCCUGCGGCCUGCGAGCAACACCGUCGCCUUCGUAUCUGUUCACCGUCGCAGCGCUCCCUCGCCGCCUCCAAGACGCUCGCCGGCGCACUUCCAACGCUAACGAGCCUCUCCGACGGGACGGAGACGGCAACAAGGGCGGAGCGGAGAAGCAGCGGCCGCUGGGGAACCAAAGGGGAGGAGGAGCGGCGUCCUCGAGAGCCACGGCGAGAAGCGCUUCCGCCUCCCUAGGAUUGGGAGAGUACGGCGGCAAUGGUAUCCUCGGACGAGGAUGACGAGGAGCCCCGGCUGAAGGCGGUGGAGAACUACUUCUUUGUCGACGACGAUGAUGCGCCCGUCUCCUUUGAUGUCCUGCCGUUCCAGUUCGACGCGGCCGAGGAGGUCCCCUCCUUCAAGAAGGACGUGUACCUGCGUGGGCUCGCUGACGGCGGCCUCCAGAAGGUCUACAAGCAGGUGGUGGCAUGGAAGCUCGGCCUCGACAGCGAGUCACCCGUGAUCACGGUGCUCUCCACGGAGGGGACCUGGAUCGUCCUGCUGAAGCCGAGGCCGAGCUACGAGGAGACUGUCCGGUCUGUGCUGAUCACUGUGGAGAUGCUUCACUUUGUCAGGCGGAGCCCCACGGUCUCCGACGAGGACAUGUGGGAUCAUCUCCGUGGAGUUUUUGAUAAAUAUGAGGUUAGGCCCUCGGAGGAUGACUUUAGGAAUCAUGUACGGCUAAUAAAAUUGCUUGCUGAGAGAGACUCGGCUAUAGCAAAGUCACAGACUUUGCAACUAUUCAUUAAAGGGAAAACUAUGGAGAAGAUCAACGAGGUUGGUUCAGAUGAUCUGGAGGUUAAACAUCUGUUCAUUGCUGAUGAUAAGGAAAGAAAGGAGCUGGUUGAAGAUGACUGUAAGCAUGAGUCCAGUGUCGAUGAUGAUGAAGAGGAUGAGGAAGAUGAAGAUUUGUUUGAUUCAGUUUGUGCUAUCUGUGACAACGGAGGGGAGCUCUUAUGCUGUGAAGGUGCGUGCAUGAGAUCCUUCCAUGCAAAAAUAGGAGACGGUGAAGAUUCUUAUUGUGCAACCUUAGGGUACACAAAGGCAGAAGUUAAGGCAAUAAAAAAUUUCCUGUGCAAGAAUUGCAAGUAUAAGCAGCACCAGUGCUUUGUCUGUGGAGAGUUGGAGCCUUCAGAUGGACCAAAUGCGAAGGUGUUUCUUUGUAAUAAUGCAACGUGUGGACACUUUUACCACCCCAAGUGUGUCGCACAACUGCUUCACCCUAACAAUAGAAAUGAAGCCUCGGAAUUGGAGAAAAAUAUUGUUACUGGGUUUUCAUUUACAUGCCCUGUGCAUUGGUGCUUUCAAUGUAAAGGCCUAGAGGACAGGACUCAGGAGCCUCUGCAAUUUGCUGUCUGCAGACGUUGCCCAAGAUCCUACCACAGAAAAUGUUUGCCAAGGGAAAUCUCCUUUGAAGAAAUUGAUGAGGAGGGCAUCAUAACCCGGGCUUGGGAACUUUCAAAGAGAAUUUUGAUCUACUGCUUAGACCAUGAUAUGGACCUUGAUAUUGGAACUGCAUCCAGAGGCCAUUUAAAAUUUCCUCAUAUUGCGAAACCAGUGGAUUCUGCAAAGAAGAAAGUCAAGGAACUAGUCGAGAAGAAAAGGCGGACUUUUGAUGACUUGUAUGUUGAUGAACCUAUGCAGAAAUCUUCAAGAAGGGUUGCUACAAAGAGUUCAUUUGAACAACCUGUUUUUGAACCUGAGAAGAAAAAAGCAAAGUGUCUCAAAGCGAUGAUACAGCCUCAAGAGUCUCUGGUUGAGUUUGCUGCUGUUGUGAACAGUCUAAAACAACUUGUGAAAGAACAUGAACAAGAGUUGGGGACUAUGUCUUCACUGGCAACAGGGAAAACACCCCAGAGCUCAUUUCCUGUUGUUGAUAGUGAAAUUGAGAAGAGGGUGAUAGCUUUGGUAGAAAAGGAGGCCUCUUCCUUGACAUUGGAUGAUAUCUCUCGACGAUGUGCCAUUCCUUCAACUUAUGCAUCCUCUGGCAGGCAGAUUGACAAAAUCAUUGCACGUGGCAAGCUUGAGCGUUCUGUUCAGGCUGUACAAGCUGCUUUACGAAAACUGGAAAAUGGAGGCACCGUUGAUGAUGCUAAAGCAGUAUGUGAUGCUGAAGUUUUGAGGCAGUUAACUAGGUGGAAUAAUAAGCUCAGAGUGUACCUUGCACCUUUCAUUUAUGGCAUGCGCUACACUUCUUUUGGCCGGCAUUUUACAAAGAAGGAGAAGCUCAUUGAGAUUGUUGAUAAACUUCAUUGGUAUGUUCGACCUGGUGACACGAUUGUGGAUUUCUCUUGUGGUCUAAAUGACUUCAGUCAAUUUAUGAAAGAAAAGCUUGAUAAAGUUGGCAUAAAAUGCAACUUCAAGAAUUAUGAUGUUAUUCGACCAAAGAAUUCUUUCUGUUUUGAAAAGAGGGACUGGAUGACUGUGCGUCCGAAGGAACUGCCACAUGGAUCUAAACUAAUCAUGGGCCUUAAUCCUCCUUUUGGAUUAAAAGCAAUGCUUGCGAACAAAUUCAUUGACAAGGCGCUGACCUUCAAGCCGAAGCUCAUUAUACUAAUUGUCCCAAAGGAAACUGAAAGGUUGGAUCAAAAGCGACAACCUUAUGAUUUGGUUUGGGAGGAUGCUGGAAGUCUUUCUGGGAAGUCAUUCUAUUUGCCCGGUUCGUUGGAUGUGACUGACAAACAAAUUGACCAAUGGAAUAUAUCCCCACCCCCACUCUAUUUGUGGAGCCGUCCUGAUUGGACACAGAACCACAGGAGAAUAGCUGAGGAGCAUGGUCACACUACAUUGAAGGUUGUUUCCCAUGCCAAAGAAGUGGAUUGUCUUUUAGCUGAUUUCCCUAGAGAGAAUCAUAAUGAGGUCCGUUGUGAGCAGAAUGACAGAUCUGGAAAUGGGAAUGAAACCUACAUGAUUGAAAACACAAACUUCGUUGUUGGGAAACCAGAACAAGUUAAUGGAUUCCCUCCAGAAAAGCAAGUAGAGGUUGCAUAUGAGGAAACAAAGGUUGCUUCCAAAAAAAGUGAUACAUGCCGAUCAAAUCAAAGUGGUGUUCAUUUUGAAGAGAGAGAUGCUCAUUCUGGCUUCAAAACCGGUUGUUACAAUGACUGCGGAGAAAAAAUAGUCUCAAAUUGCUCCAGAAGGAUAAGGAAAUCGGAGAAAACAGGUGAUGCUUCAAAAGCAGAUUCAGACAUGAGCAUCUCACCCUCAGACUCCAGGAAUUCUCAGUACAAAUCAAGGAAUGAUUCCCCAAUGCCAAGUGAAUAUCCUUCUGAGAGGAUGGCACGUCAUGAUAGUUAUUUCAAUGAUCCUCUACCGGAGCCCUGCACAUCUCACCUUGAGAGGGUACCCUAUGAGGACUAUAUUAGAAAUGUUGUCGAAUAUGGAGUUGCAUCUGUAGAAAAGCGCCUUGCUUUUUCCACUGAUAAUGUUGGUGCUGGCUUGAGGAUGCACAGUCCUGAUCUUGAAGAACUGGGCUAUGUUGGGGUUCGAAACAGUAGUUUAUACAGUGCAGCAUCUGGUGGAACUGGUGGCAGCAUUUACCGGAGCCAGAACUUAGAAGAUUGCUCUAUGGAUUACAGCAUGGAAAAUACUGGCUCUGCUCAAAGGAAUGCAGUUGCUGGUAGACAUGUGGAGGAUGCGAGAAUGUAUGGUGGACACAUCAGGGACGAUCAUGCCCUAUCAGCGACAGCUACCACUGAUAUUCGAGCACAGAUAAGAAUGUACGGUGGACACAUAGGGGAUGAUCAUCCCCGAACUGCCAUGAACCCUCCUGCCGCUGAUAUUCGAUCGCAAAUAAGGAUGUAUGGACGACAGAGUACACAUACAAGUGGAUACUAUGGAUCUUCAGACGCUCAGUCUGCUUUAACUUCCUCAUAUGGAAUUUCGUCUUUGGGUUCAACAGGGAGGUUCGCGAUAGAUAAGUAUGCUCCCCAGCUUCAUGAAACAAACUAUGCAACAGGCCCAUACAAUGUUCCUGACAAUAGAAGGGAUAUGACGCCUGAUCCUUUGAACUUUGCUUCUCAGCAGCAGUAUCCAUACCCGCCUCCUGGCGCUUCUGGUGGCUGGCUUAGUUAGUAACUGAACCUUUGAAAAUUCCAUAGGAUCAUGAUCUAACUUGGUACUUUGGUCUCGACAGAUGUAAUAUAGCAUGAAGAUAUAAGAGAACCCCAAGGAUGUUUAAAUUAAAUGGUUACUAUGUAUAUGAAUGAUGAGGUUGAUUAGUUAUUCCAUUCGCGGUUUGUUGUUGUGAUCUUGAUCUUAUCCAAUGGAAUAAACUUACUAGGGCUGGUUGUCCAUACUA